CUGAAAGGCUCAGUCCGAACGCGAGACGACUCCGUUCAUGUUCAUUUUGAUCGCUCUUCGCUUCAUUUUUCUUGUCGAAUCUGUGCUUCUCCCUAUACCUCCUUUUAUUUUCUGAGUAACAUCCAUUCGCAUCUUCGCAUCAUAGAAGAAAACAAAUAUUAAUACACACUUGUACCAACGGAAGAGGACGUUCUUAGCGAUGAAUCCACAAUGUCGUUUCUUUUCCACCGUUUUGACUUUAUUUAUACUAACGACACAGAGCCAUGGUAUUGCACGACCGAUUAAAAUUGGUGCGAUCUUUCACAGAGGUGACGAGGAUUACAUCUCCGCGUUCCAAAGAGCAAUCGCCGAGACAAGGUACGAAUAUCUCGCACCCGCGUUCGAACUCAUCCCUGUCAUCAAACACAUAGAUGCUGAUACCGACAGUUUCAAUACUGCUGCUAAAGUUUGCGAACUGCUGGAAGAAGGCGUGGCAGCUAUUUUUGGACCCGCGAGCCCGCAUACUCGUGGAAUAGUUGCCAGCACUGCGGCGCGAUACGACAUACCGCACAUCGAAUAUGUUUGGCGAGAGAAUGAAGGAUUGCGUGCAGAUCCGAUUGCCAAGAGUCCAUCGUCGAUGACCAUAAAUGUGUUCCCGGAUAAUGAAAUGAUUAGCCAAGCUAUCGCUGACAUUGUCGAGUCGAUGCAAUGGCGAAACUUUGCGGCGAUUUACGAAAACGACGACGGUUUAUCGCGUAUACAGAAGACUUUGACGCUGAAACGAACCAAGGACAAUCCUAUUACGAUACGGCAACUCGGCAAAGGAUCGGAUUAUCGUCCGAUCCUCAAGGAGAUAAAUUCCUUGUCAGUUUGCAAUAUAAUCAUCGAUAUCGAGCCGCAGAAGCUCAUUCAUGUUCUCAAUCAAGCGAAAGAAGUCAAACUACUUUCAGAUUACUGCAAUUUCAUCAUAACAUAUCUGGAUUCGUCCAAACUUCCUAUUCUCGAGGUGCGCAAUGGUACUACCGCCAACAUUACCGGCCUCAGUUUGAGGGAGAACGAUGUAGAAGGAAUCAACUGGUUGAACUCGGCGGUUCUCUACGACGCGGUAUUCCUGCUGAAUAAAGCGCUGGAGACUCUGAAUGCGAGGAAUGUUGAUAACGACGAGCCUAUUGUCAUUGAACCCAUGCCACUUUCUUGCAACGAUGGCAAGAGGUAUCAAGCGGGUCAAAACAUCACCAGCGCUAUGCGAGAGUUAUCCAAAAUAGGGAAGAUAACAGGCACAAUGAGCAUUGACGAAUACGGUCGUCGGCGAAACUUCAACGUCCGCAUAUUGGACUUUCGGCAGCCUGGUAUCGUGGAAACGGGCUUCUGGGAUCCGGACGGUCUGCAUUUUAUUCGAACCGAGCAGGAACUCGAAAGCUACUUGAAUAAAUCCGUUCAAGAAAAGAUGUUCAGAAUUUCCACCAGACUGGGUGCACCUUACGUGAUGGAAGUGACCGAUGGAUCGACACGAGGAAUAAUGAUCGAUCAGAAGCGCUACGAAGGUUAUUGCAUCGAUCUGAUCGAAGAAAUAGCGCAGCAUUUAAAGUUUCAGUACAAAUUUGAACUGGUGCCGGACGGCCAAUACGGCAACUUCAACCCUAAAACGAAAACCUGGAACGGUUUGAUCAGGCGUCUUCUGGAUCGUGAAGCUGAUCUGGCGAUAUGCGAUCUUACUAUAACGUAUCAACGCGAGUCUGCCGUGGAUUUCAGCAUGCCGUUUAUGAAUUUAGGUAUCAGCAUUUUGUUCAGCAAACCGGAGGAAAAGGUACCGGAUCUUUUUUCAUUCUUGUCACCCUUAUCCGCGGAUGUCUGGAUUUAUAUGGCGACCGCUUAUCUCGCCGUGUCGAUAAUGCUGUUCCUUCAAGCGAGAAUGGCACCCGGCGAGUGGGAUAAUCCGCAUCCGUGUAAUGCGGAUCCUGAAGAAUUGGAAAACAACUUCAAUUUAAAAAAUUCAAUGUGGCUGACUAUUGGUUCUCUCAUGCAGCAAGGAUCCGAUAUCUUGCCCAAGGCGCCGUCGAUUCGAAUGCUCGCGAGUAUGUGGUGGUUUUUUACGUUGAUAAUGAUAUCCUCCUACACAGCGAAUCUAGCCGCCUUCCUCACUGUGGACAAAAUGGACACGCCUAUUAAAGGUGUCGAAGAUUUGGCCAAACAGACCAAAAUCAAAUACGGGUCCAUCGUUGGAGGUUCGACGUCGAAUUUCUUUCGGGAUUCCAAUUAUUCAACGUACAAACGAAUGUGGGCUGUAAUGACGGAAAAUAGACCUAGUGUAUUCACGGAUAGCAAUGACGAAGGUGUCGAUCGAGUUAUCAAGAGCAAGCGAACAUAUGCAUUUCUAAUGGAAUCCACCUCUAUCGAAUACCGAAUGGAAAGAAAUUGUGAAAUUGAAAAAGUCGGAGGACUCCUCGACAACAAAGGCUAUGGCAUAGCCUUACCGCGCAAUUCUCCGUAUAGGACGCCAAUCAGCGGCGCAAUCCUGACACUGAGUGAAAAAGGCACGUUGAGCGCGUUGAAGAAAAAGUGGUGGCAAGAAAUGGGCGGUGGAUUAUGCAAAAAGGACGACACGGAAAAAACCGUCAAUACGAGUGAAUUAGGUUUGCCUAAUGUUGGCGGCGUCUUCCUCGUUCUCAUGUGCGGCUGCGGCGCGUCGUUCAUUAUUGCUAUCUGCGAAUUCCUCUGGAAUAUACGAAAAGUUGCAGUAAGGGAGAAAAUCACACCACGGGAGGCGUUAAUGGCAGAGCUGAAAUUUGCUGUGAACGUAUGGGCCGUGACAAAACCAGUUAAAAUCGCCAAGACUAACAGCGGCACGAGUUCUGUGGAAGGUGGCCUUAAUGGUAGGGGAUCUACAGCUCGGUCCAUUGUCGGCUCCUUUUUACGUCUCGACAUGCUCGAUAAAUUUGACAAGGAUCACAACACAAACAACCGCAGCAACGAUCGUAAGAUUAAUUGA